UUUUUUAUAGUUUUAGGUUUUGACAAUUGUAUUUAAUGGUUUAUUGAAAACAUAAACAAUUGUACGCUCAAUAUAAAGCAUUAAAAAUAAUCCCGUAUUGGUCUAAUUAAAAAACCAAGAUGACCAAUCUUGAUGUGAGCAAUAGCAGUACUGAUAGCAGUUCUGGCUCAACAUCUGAUUCUAGUACUAGUGGCACUUCAUCUACCAGUUCAGGAUCAGGAUCCAGUAGUUCUGACUCAGAAUCUUCCACUUCUGAUACUCCAGCAGUUGCAACCGCCGCUCCUCCUACUUCCACUCCUGCUCCCGUUCCUGCACCUACACCUGCUCCUGCUCCUAAGUCUCCCAAACCUGCACCCGUUGAGGAACCGAAAGUCAUUGAAGAGGCAAAACCAAGACGCUCAUCAAAACCUAAAAUUUCAUCAUCAAGUGAUGAUGAACCGCCAAAACCAGCUACACCAAAACCAGUUCCUCCAAGAAGACGAUCAACAAAACCCAAAAAUGCUGCUGUUGUUCUAGCAAAAGCAAAACAGAUGCAACCAAGAGUAGCCACUGGGGCUAAAUCUAAAGCAAUUUGUAAAACAAUACCUAAAACACCUAAACCUGAUGCCAACACAUUAAAAAAGAAGAGUAUUUUCUCACCUGACAAUAGUUCCGAAUCAGAUUCAGAGAGCAAGGAAAGUAAAACAUCAAAAGCCAGUCCCAAAACUUCACCUCGUAAUAAGAAACCAUCUAGGAAGUCCAGUGAAGAGAAAGAUGCACCAUCAUCACCUUUGACACCAGUGCAAAAUGAGGAUUCAAAUUCAAAUUCGAAUUCCAAAGACAACACAAAACGAAGAGCUAGUAGGUCAAAUGGUCCCCCACCAAAAAAAACUGUGGAGGUAAAGAGUGCAUCCUCAUGUUCUUCAAGUCAAUCAUCCGUAGAAUCAGUUUCAUCGGAGAGUGACAGUGAAUCAAAUAAAAAAGGCAAUUUGAAAUCAGGGAAAGUAAAAUCACCUUCCAAUGCUAGUACUAAGCAAGAGCCGACCGGUAAAAGUGGAGAUUCCUGUGACUCAAUAACAGGGACAAUGCCUCGAAAGCUGACGCGGUCGUUAUCGGCGCGUGUAUCGCGAAUGGCUAAUGCGUCUAAACCAACAAACACCGAUACAGACUCAGAAGCCGAUGACAAAAGUAAUGAAAAGAGCAAAGACGACAUAAGGUUAGCCAAAGCACGGGCGGCUAUCACUCGAUCGCCGGCUCUGCCCCCCAACCCCAUCACGCCUUCCGAACGAAGAUGUCCCGUACGAGAUUGCGACUCAUCCGGACAUCUCGGCGGCAAGGCGGCCAAGCACUUCACGUGGGACGCGUGCCCCGUGUACCACAACGUGACGGCGGCGUGGUGCGUGGCGGCGGCCGAGGAGCGCGCCGCCGCCGCCGCCACGCGCCGCCGCGCGCUGGCCGCGCUGCAGCAGCGCCCGCGCGCCAUGCCCACCAUCGAGCAGCGCGCCUACCAGCUCAAGGUCAAGGAUAUGCGGUCGAAAUGGAAAGGCAGUCAAGAGCUUCGAUCGAUGCCUACCAACGAAGACCUAGGAGAAGAGAGGGAGCCCGUGCUAGAAGGAUUCGCGCCCGACUACGACCUACGACUGUUCAGGGAUGCACAGGCCCUAGCCGCGGUCAAGAUCGAAGAGGAACUAGGGGACAUAUCGACGGAUAAGGGGACAAGAUACGUGGUGAUGGGCAAGUACAUGAUGGAGGUGUGGUACCAGUCGCCCUACCCGGGGGACGCGGCGCGCGUGCCGCGACUGUUCGUGUGCGAGUUCUGUCUGAACCACCACAAGUGCGCCGUGGGCGCCGCCCGCCACCGCGCCAAGUGCGUGUGGCGACACCCGCCCGGGGACGAGGUGUACAGGAAGGACAACCUGAGCGUGUGGCAAGUGGACGGUCGGAAGCACAAGCAGUACUGCCAGCAGCUCUGCCUGCUCGCGAAGUUCUUCCUCGACCACAAGACCCUGUACUACGACGUGGAACCCUUCCUCUUCUACGUGAUGACGUGUGCCGAUGAGGAAGGAUGCCAUAUUGUCGGAUACUUCAGCAAGGAAAAGAACUCCUUCCUUAACUACAACGUGUCGUGCAUACUCACACUUCCGCCGUAUCAGAGACAGGGAUACGGGCGACUGCUUAUCGACUUCAGUUAUCUCCUCACGAAAGUCGAGGGUAAGGUUGGGUCGCCAGAAACGCCACUGUCGGAUCUGGGUCUUAUUUCGUACCGAUCGUACUGGAAGGAGGCACUGUUGAAGCGAUUGUGCUCGGCGCCGGGCUCCACGCUCUGCAUACGAGAUCUGAGCAAGGAUUUGGCGAUCGCUUCAUCGGAUAUCGUCUCGACGUUGCAAGAGAGAGGAUUGAUGAAAUAUUGGAAGGGAAAACAUAUCGUGUUGAAGAAACAGGAGGUGCUGGAGGAGGCGACGCGGCGAGCGGGGCGCGCGCGCUGCGUGGACCCGGCGUGCCUGCGCUGGUGGCCGGGCGGCGCGGCCCGCUGA